AGAAAACUGCAAUUUUUUAUCCAGUUGAUUUUCGAUUUUCUUGCUAAAUUACCUAUUUUAUUCCAUCCUUUUCCGUUCAUCAAAACCCUCUUUUAUAGAAACACCUUACCGACGGCAGGGGAUCCUCUCCCUCGGAAACCCUUAACUCUUGACUAAAAUCGCAAGUAUCUUUAAAGUGUAAUAUUUUUUUUCUGGGUUUGAUUAAAUGGAGAAAAACAAGGAUGACGAUUAUGGAGAGGAAGAAGAUUCAGAGUAUGUAUUACUUGAUCUUGAAGCUGUUCGUGGGCAGAUUGACAUCCCUCCAAAUGCACCUUAUACUCUUUCUGGUCUGGAUACGAUGAAUCCAAUAUUAAUCAUAGACAAAAAAGUGAAGCUGAUCGGAGAAUAUGAAGAAACAAUUGGGACUUGCUUUGUUUUCUCUGAAGAUGAAGCUUCACCUGUAGUACAUGAAGAGACAGGUCCAUCAGAGGCAAAUCUCUUCUCAGGCAAAUAUAUACUAGAUCCAAAUCAAGCUCCAAGAAAGCAAGUAAAACCGGUCGCUCGACUUCAGAAGAUUCUCAAGUUCAGAUUGUUACUCGACGAGGAUGUUCAAGUCGAAACAAAUUCCCAAAAUAAUUCAAUUUUGUAAACUAGCAAACUCAAAAUUUGUAGUUAAAUGUUGAUCCUUAACUUUGAAAGUAAUUUAAUGAAAAUUUGAAAGUAAUUUAAUGAAA